AUGGUGAGCCCUUAUAAUGAGCCAGAACAGGUGCCAUACUAUCACAUCCGCCAGUGGAUUGAAGGAUCAGAUGAAGGAGUCAUUCUGUUUAGUCUGGGUACAAAUCUACUGAGCUCCUCAAUACCACCAGAACUGUUGAAUGCAAUUCUGGAAACGUUCCGCAACAUUAAACAACGAGUCAUCUGGAAGUGGGACACGGAUGUGAUGCCAAACAAGCCGGAUAAUGUCAUGUUGGUAGAGUGGUUACCACAGGACGAUAUUCUUGCCCACCCUAAUGUACGGCUGUUCAUCAUGCAUUGUGGAUUGGGUGGAAUUGCUGAGGCGUUGUUCCACGGUGUACCAAUAGUUGGAAUUCCGAUGUUUGGGGAUCAACCCGUGAAUCUAGCACAGGUGGAGAAAGAAGGCUGGGCCUACGUACUACAAUAUACCGAGCUCACAGUAGAAACGUUCUCAAAGGCAGUCACCGAGGUACUGCACAAUCCUCGCUAUCGGGAGAGUGUGAAAAGAAUAUCGCAGUUGUUCCGAGAUCGUCCACAAACUGCCAUGGACACUGCCAUCUUCUGGACGGAGUACGAAAUACGCCAUAAGGGAGCAUACCGUUUAAGAUAUCCCGGUAUGGAUAUGAACUUCAUUCAGCGUCUGAGCUGCAGGUGGUGUUGUAGAAGAAGAGUGACAAAGGUUAAAAUUCAGCAGUUUCCUCUGAACGGUAGUUUUAGUUCAAGUAGUCUAAAGAAGUAUGUCGUCAUAAAAGAUGUAGAAAACAGUGUAUUGGCUUUAUGUCACAUUAACUGUGAGAUCGCCAGGGUACUGUUCCGUACCAGAACCUGUACCGUACCAGAUUGCGCGUAA